AUGGGUAUGAGAAUUAAACUACACAGUGCUGACCACCCUAAUAACCUUCUUAAGGAACUUAAUAAGUUUAGGCUGUCUGAAACCAUGUGUGAUGUAAUCAUUGUGGUUGGUGACAGGACAUUUUCAGCACACAAAUCAGUGCUUGCAUGUGCUGCUGGCUACUUCCAGAAGCUCUUUCUGAAUUCCGAGGUUAAUACUGCAAGAACCUAUGUGGUAGACUUCAUCACCCCGGCAAAUUUUGAAAGAAUCUUGAAUUUUAUCUAUACAGCUGAGCUUUUUACUGAUCUCAUUAAUGUUGGUGUUAUCUAUGAGAUGGCGGAGAAGCUAGGAAUGCAAGAUCUCCUGAAGGCUUGUUACUCCACCUUUCCUGACUUGGAAAAAACAGAAAGCAACAAACCAACAGUUAGAUCAACCGAAGGCUAUGCACCUCUCACUGGAGGUUUGAAUGACCAAAAUGCCACAAUGUUAGACUCCAGUGUUGCAGGCCCACAGUUUUGUCAAAAUAGAGAUUACAUCAUGCAGGUUGAAGUAGGAGAGAGUUUUAAAAGUGAGGAACAAAAUCUUGUGAAUGCAAAUGGUCCAAGCAUGCCAGUGAUGUACCAACAGUCAACAAAAACUGAAGAUAACCUGGAGAUGAAAUACAGCCAGUCCACAACAAGUGAGAAUAUGCCUUUGACCUCUAAUAAAGGCCCAUGUGAGCUAUAUGAAAUACAGAGUAAUGGAUAUUAUAAUCAAACCAGUUUACUGAUGCCUGGAGAAUCUCUCAAAGAAAGUAGUAAUUCUUGUGUCGGUAAUAAUGUUGACCCCCAGGUUCAAUCAAUGAAGGAAAUGGAAUGCAUGCCAUUUGAAAGUAUUGACCAGGAUGCCCUUAAUUUUGAUGACCACCUGGAAAGCAGAAGUUCUUCUGAAGGAAUAAUCGAGUUAACAGAUGACAGCGAAGAUGACAAUCUUGUCUGUAUUAAAGAUAGUAAUGGUGAAAGUAAGAGUAUGCCAUGCCAGGUAUGUGGCAAGGUCUUACCAGCCAACAUAGGAAUGAUCAGGCAACACGGUAAACUCCACAUUGAUGCAAAAGAGGGGCUGUGCACAGUGUGUGGCACCAAGUUCACUGACAGGAGCUCUCGAAUCACCCAUGUUUUGUCUCAUGUUGGAAUUUUUCUCUUCUCAUGCGACAUGUGUGAAAUGAAAUUUGUGACUCAGUGGCAAGUGGCUGGACAUAGGAAAGGGAAGCCACAUGAUACUAACAUUAUUGUCCAACCAAAUACCAUCCUGCCUGCUGAAGCUAAUUUUGGUGGCUCUCCCACAGAACUGUUUUGUGCUGUCUGUGGAAAGACAGUGACUAAAGACUACCUUGCUGUGAAAGAGCAUAUCCUUUCCCAUCUCAACAUGAAAAGUCUCUCCUGUUGUAUCUGCAAGCAGUCAUGUAGAUCAGUCUGCAGCCUAAUGUGGCAUGUUUUGUCCCACAUGAAUAUAUCAAUCUUUUCCUGUUCUGUAUGUGGUAAUAGCUUUGUAGAUCGAACUGUUCUAGAGCAACAUAUGGCUUCACACCAGGGUAUGGAGUAUUUAUAUGAAUGUAAUUUCUGUAAUAAAAAGUUCCGGUUAGAAGCCUCUUAUCAAAACCAUGUGAAGAUACAUAAGAGACAUAACUUAGAUGGCCCAAAAGGUCCAACUACUCCACACCAGUGGCUCAAAAAGGCGUUAACAACAACGCCAUCAGAUGAAUCUACAAGUGAUGGACAUGUGCCUGCUGUACACCAAGAAACUGUUCUGAUCCUUCCCUCAAACAAAGGCAAAGCCAGCUCUAAAGGAAACUGGUAUGAAUGUGAGUUUUGUGGGAAGAGGUUUUCCCAUUCUAGUGAGUUUCAGUAUCAUCUCCGAAUACACUCAGGAGAGAAGCCCUAUGAAUGCAAACUGUGCCACAAGUUCUUCAGGGGACGAUCGACUGUUAAAAACCAUCUGAAGACCCAUUCAGGUGCCCUUAUGUAUUGCUGCACGGUUUGCCAGAAAUACUGUCCCACCUUGAACCUUAUGGUUAAACAUGUGGAGAUGCACAAAGAGGGGGGCCUGCCUUCUGACUUUAAUAUCGCACAGACGUUCAUGUACAUGGUGCAUUCCAAACAGACAAUAAAAAUGACAGACUAA